AUGAUGAAUACUUUAUAUGAUAACCACUGAAAAUUUAGCAUGCAUCACAUUCAAAUGGAACCUGAAUGAAAUGAAACAAGCUCGUCUUUAACAGUGGUUGUGGAGUUGGUUAAUUCGUAUAAUAAUAAUCACUGAAAUAAUUUUAAAAUGUGAUAACUAGAUGAGAUAUUUUUCUGCUUGAACGUGCAAAGUUAAAAAUACUUUUCUGGUCAAAUUUAUUUUUGUAUUGCCUCCUCCGAUACGGUAUACCAAGAAUAUUUUUUACUAUGGCUGCGAAUAUUUUCCCACACUGUCUCUCUAAAUGUACUAGAGAUAUUUUUUGUAAGAAUCAAAAAUCUUGUUUCCAAAGAGGUAUUGUUUCAUACUGCAAUAGAUAUCAAGAUGAAAUAAUUAAUUCUGGAUAUAUGAAGUCAUUAUGGAAGCAUGUAACUUUUCGAAGCUUUUCUCGAAAUCCCAAAUCAUGGUUUAAAAAUAAAAGAACUUAUGAAGUUGUUACUCCAGGUGAAGUUGGUACAAAAAGGCAGAUCCCAGAUUAUAUUCUUAAGCCAUCAUAUUAUGAUACUGGAAUUGAAAUAGAACCUAAUAAUAUUGAAAUUUUAAGUAAGAAUAGUAUUGAGAAUAUCAGACAGUCCUGUUCUUUGGCUAGAAUUGUUCUGCAUGAAGUGGAAAAGUUUAUAAAACCUGAUGUGACUACAGAUGAGCUAGAUGCUAUUGCUCAUGACACCUGCAUCAAGUAUGGGGCUUAUCCAUCUCCUUUAAACUACAGAGGUUUUCCAAAGUCCAUUUGUACAUCAGUGAAUAACAUUGCCUGUCAUGGUAUUCCUGAUGAUCGAAAGUUGAAAGAUGGGGACAUAAUAAGUGUAGAUAUUAGUGUAUACUAUAAAGGCUUCCAUGGAGAUUGUGCUUCAACCUGUUUAGUCGGCAAUGUUGAUGAAAAAGCCAAGAAGUUAGUCAAAGUCACUGCUUUGUGUCUGCAAGAAGCAAUCAAAAUAUGUCAUCAUAAACAGUAUUUUUCAGCAAUAGGUAAAACAAUUAGUAAAAUUGCAGUGAGUCAUGGGUUUUCAGUUGUUCCUGCCUUUUGUGGUCAUGGCAUUGGUUCAUAUUUUCACUGUCCACCUUCCAUUUUACAUUAUGAAAAUGAAGAAGAGGGGCAGAUGCUGAAAGGAAUGAUAUUUACUAUAGAACCUGUUAUAUGUGAAGGCUCACCUGACAUUGUGAUAUUAGAAGACGGAUGGACAGCACAGACUGAAGACGACAGCAGGAGUGCCCAAUUUGAACAUACAAUUCUAAUUACUGAUGAUGGUGCUGAAAUACUGACAGUUCCUGAUGUUUUCAUUAAGCAUCAGUAAUAUAUUAAUAAGAAUAAAGAGGUGGUUUUUUGCUGCA